AACGGGUUAAUUAAAGUAGGUCUUGUGCAGUUUUCUUGGAUAAUACAAUAAUUCAAUGGACUAUCUGCGUAAUUGUAUCAAAUAAUUUGAAAACAAAUGGAUAAUUUUCACAUGUUCUAAUUGUGUUUAACAGGUUGAAAACAAAUGGAUAAUUUUCACAUGUUCUGUAAUAAACUACAUCUGAAGCAAAGCUCAUUCAUAUUGCGGUUUGGGUCUGGCUAAAGUUAGCGCCAUGCAGUCGGGAAACAUUUCUGGCGCCCUUCACUUUUCCAACGGUUUUAUUCCGUGUCACCACGACCCCAGGCUAGGUCAGGACCCCAGGCUGAGCCAGGAUCCCAGAUUAAGUCAGUACCCAGCUGAUUGGCGCCCUGUGGCGCCCCCGCGUCCUUUCCCAGACAAUGAUGGCCGGGGUGCCUUAAUCAGGCUUGAGUAUCACGGGCGCCGUGAAAGUGCCAGGGCGCGGAUCAGGCGCCCCAUGAACGCCUUUAUGGUGUGGGCCAAGGAUGAGAGGAAGAAGUUGGCUGGGGAGAAUCCAGACAUUCACAACGCCGAGCUCAGCAAACUUCUGGGUAAAAAAUGGCGGAGUUUGAAACCGGAUCAGAAACAACCUUUUGUAGACGAGGCUGAGAGGAUUCGAGUACAGCAUACCCAAGAUUACCCCGAUUACAAGUAUCGGCCCAGAAGGCGGAAGAACACCAAACGCAUUGGAAGCAAGAAAAGUAGUUCCUCUGCCGACAACCAGCAAGACGAUUCUCCGGGAGCGGAACAUGCCUCUGUAGAGCUAACAACCUCUACGGCCAGAUCGUCGGAACAUUUUUCGCGACAAGUUUAUGUUUCGAAAAAUGCGCCCAACUUACUUUCUGCUACUUCUAUAAAGUCGGACCAUUCAUCCGUUUAUGAAACUAAUUACCACGCAUUUGGAAACAUGCCGAAUUACACUUCAAACAACACAGUGUAUGCCGGGAACGGAUUUAGUGUCCCUACGGAUAACAGCAAGGUGACCUUCUCAAAUAUUCUACGCAAGAUUUCAGCAGAGGUCAUCGACCUUGAUACCGGUUCAUCUAGACACCCCAACUGUACAACAGACAAAACAAACUCUCUAUCUGUGUUCACUCAGUCUUUAGCUUACGUCGAAAAAAGUGGUAACACUAAAUAUCAAAAACUGGCUCAAAACAACAAUCUUCAUACCAAAACGUGCCAAGAUUACGAUUCUCGCGAUUCUCCUCAAAGACACAUGGGAGUCUCGACGAAUGCACAUGAAAGCAUAAAAAUCGAACAUAAUACUCACGCCCCUGUGACCAUAGAAACGGAGCAGGGAAAUGAUAUAGGAAAAACAAACGAACCUUUUACUUGUGCCGACAUUCUGGAGCUGGACCAGUACCUGGAGAAGACAAUCAAGGGCAUGCCGGUUCCUGCCAGCAGACACACGCAAGCGUUUCUACUAUCCACCAGCCCCGGAAGUGCCGCAGAAACUCCAGACACCGCUAAAGUCUUGGAGUAUAGCUUGGCUCUCGAAGCCACGUACGUCAACAGCAGGCGUCAGAUGGAUCUAGAACACGCCUUCAACAACGAUGAGAAACUUUGUCAAAUGGACGCAGAGGCCCAGUCAAGAUAUGGUCAGACUCACCUUCAAAGACCACCCAUGUUAUGCAAUAGCUCGCUUGAGUAUUGUAAAUAUUUUAACAACCAAGAAAACAGACAUAUGCAUGUAUGUGGUGACGUACCGGAAGUGACUAGCUUCAAUGACAUAUCAGGGCCUACCAACGCUAGACGGAGGCCGCAUUACAUCCGACAAACCAACAUAUUUAGCGAGGACGUCACAAUGGAUGACUUUAAGCCUGACUUGCAGUGUGAGCAGUCAGUUGUCAACAGCAGACGAGAAGAGCGCGGAUAUUUCGUCGAGCAGGAUCUGGUCCCGUCGCCAGACUUCCGCAGACCGGAAAAGUCGUCAGGAACUCACGGGUCUUAUGGCGCCAUGGCCGGAGACUGUCAAACAACAUGUGGCGCCCCCAACUUGCAGCAGUUCUCAACCAACUCUGGCACCGUGCAUUUUUCAACCAAACCAAUCAACACGAUGUACAAUGUUGAAAAGGGGACAUUCAACUCCAACCCUUCUUCCAUUUCUGGAAAGGACAGAUCGAUACCACUUGACAGAAUCGAUUCCAACUCAGUCCAGUACCCACACGCCUGGGCCAAUCAUAGCUCUCGUGUCGUCCCGUACAGCACGACGGAUAAUGACGAGCACAGAAUGGCCACGCCCAUGUACGAGUCCGACUCACCGUCCGAUGAUGGGCGUCGAUCACGUGACAGCAGCGGAUGUGGCUCGUGUUAUGACCUGACAUCCCCUGGAAUGCCAGACCUCGCCUACUACAACUCAACUUGCACCAACGACGGAAGUGACGACACGGCUAUUCUAAUUGCCGCACUGACUCAAAAAACUGCGAUAUAAAACCGUGAACUACCAACAUGUAUUUAGAAUGACAUUUUUAAAACUUUAACCCUUAUAUAGUAACAUACCAUUUGCACUUUUUAAAAAGCCUUUAUUAAAGUGUGGAGUUAAUUUUAAAUCGUGUGAUUAAACCCCCACAACUGUUUUACGAUCUAAAAGAUCACAAAAAACGGUUAGUAAAAUAUAAAUAA